UUCGCCGACGUAGGGUCUGUGUUCGUCCUCUCUCUUUCGCGACCUCGCUGGUGUGAGUGAGUGUGGGUGCCGCGCUGGGACUUUUUUUUGGUUAUUUUUUUCCGCGUUUUUUUUGUGAAAGGAGUGAUAUUUGUUAUUUGUUAUUUUGGAGGGUUUUGUUGUGAGUGUUUUAAGCGGACAGCCAUGAAGAGGAGAGGACAGUUCCCUGGAUACCUGCAGGUGGCGAUCGUGUCCCUUUUCGCCGUAUUGCAAGUAUCAACGACCUUGGAGAUUUUGGACAUCAAGGGCCCGAGUGUGAUCGUCAAUGGCUCGCUCUCGAUGCUCGUCCUCGACUGCGACUACGACUUGACCGAGUACGACCGGCCGGGACUGGUCGUCAAGUGGUACUACAACCGCCAGCCGUUCCCCGUGUACCAGUGGAUUCCUAAUAAUGGUCCCCAGGACCUGGGACUCCUGAAGGGGCGGCUGGACCUCAAGCACCAGGUGUCUGAGGACGAGUACAUGAAGCACCGCGCCCUCGCCAUCGUCAACCCGACGUCCGAACUCACCGGCGAGUACACCUGCUGGAUCUCGUCCUUCGAGAGCGAGGCUUACAAGAGGAAGAAGAUCAUCAUUUACUCGCCUGCAGUUGACAUGUCGAUGACGUAUUCCAAGCCCAACGAGGAGAGUGUGAUCAUCUCGUGUCGCGCGGGAGGCAUCUUCCCCGCGCCGGACAUCACCAUCUCCAGGAGCUCUGCAACGUCCAGAAACCUGAUCGAGGACGCCAAGGUAGAAACCAAAUUCCUGCCCGAACAGAGAUCGUACAACGUCAGCAUCGACCUCGAAGUGUUAGACUACGAACUGGACUCGGAGACGAUGUUCGAGUGCGUCGUCACCAUCCCCGGGACGGAGUACGAAGUGCGAGAGGAAAUCCUUUAUUUUCCCGGGCCUCCAACCACAACUACUACCACCACUACCACCACUACCACAACUACUACUACUACUAGCACUACCACAACGACCACCUCCGUCCCAGACUAUGCUGAGGAUGAGGACGAGGAGGAAGAUGAGGAGGAGGAACAUGUUGAACAGGCUGAUGAUGAUUAUGAUAAUAGCUUUGGAAAUGAGGCCAGCCGGUCGAAAGGCGCGAGGCCCCACGUUGCCGAAAGUGUGUCAGGAGCCGAGGCAGUGAAGUGCAGCUUAGCGGUGAUUGCCCUUCUACACUCUCUGCUUCUCCUGCGCCCCUUCCUCCAAUGAGCUAGAUGAGGGGUAACUCGUCUGUGAAUGUGCCCCGUCCCUCCCCGCAUCUCUUCACCCCUAAUUUUCGCUUGGUUGGUCCUCCCGUCAAGAGAAGAUAUUUCAUCUGCUACAAGAUUAUAAAUUAUAGGACUAUCCGUGUUUACAACUGAAAUAUAUCAUACACAAAUAUAUUUAUAUUGAGUGCAUGAUGCUCGUCUAUGUAAAGACUGUUACUUUACAGUUUUGAUGUUUUUUAGGCAAAACGGAUUAUUUUCCAGUGUCAUGGCCGAGGUCCGCAAUUCCAGAGAGAGAGAGGAAAAAGAAGAUUAAAAAUAAUUGUUUUUUUCUCUCUUUUUUCUCUCUUUUUAAAAAAUCUCUUUGGAUUAAGCAAAUCUAGCUGUGGAUUUCAGUCACAGUUCACAUGCUGUUGUAUUUCUCUCUUAAGCAUGUACUGUGCAUGACUCUGAAUUAUUUUGUAAAAAUGGAAGAAAAAUCACUAUAUAGGAAGAAAGAAAGAAAAAAAACAGACGUUUCUAUUCUUUAUGAAUUUUUUUAAAAUGUUGCGAUGUAAUGUAGCAUAUGAGGGGUUUUUUUUUUUUUUAGUUUUUACUUUAAGAAUAAGGUUGAAACUUUGAGUGUUUUCGAUGAGCGUAGUUUUGCACUUAUUUUGCACUCAGUGGUGUUUCGAAAAGGAAGGAAAAUACGAUAGAGGGAGUGUUGUUGUCAAUUUGUCAAACGAAGAGUUCUUAAACCAAAUACUCUGUUGGAAAUCGUGUUGGAAUUAACUGCCCCCAUGUGAUUUUAGUCAUUGUUUAAGAUAUAUUUUAUUUGUUUUUGGGUUCAACCGCUAGUCACCUGACAGCUAAAAGUUUUUUUUUUGACGGAAAAGAUCGGCGAUUUUGAACAGUGUCAGAAUCCCCUCCCCCCCCCUCCAUGUAAUAUUUUUUUCCAUGUAGGCCUACUUGGUUUGGCUUGUAAACGCCCCACUACAAGCAAUACACAGCCAAGGGCAGAGGUCACAUGAACAUUGCAAUUGAUCGGUAUACUUGUUCACCCUGUGUUCCCACUGUUCAACACUGUUCUUCGGCGCAAACCAAAAAGCACACAUACUUUAAACAGCCAGUAUUUUGUUAAUUAUAUUCUUCCUUUUUCCUUAAGAGAAUAUAUUUUCUGAUUUCUGCUUUCUUUUAACCAGCUGGUUUUUAACUUUAGUUUUUUUUUAUUUUGAUGUUCUCGUUAUGAACCAAAUCCAGCUGGUGAAUGAGCGACUCUGAUUUUUAUUCAUAGUUUUUUUUUUUUUUUUUUUUUUUUUUUCUUAAGUUUCCAUUUUCUUCCGUUGUGGGAUUGGCACCUUUUACCGCCUCCGAAUCCGUGAUUGGUGACUGGUGAUUGGUGCAGAUCAUGGGUCUGAUUUGAUCAAAUGUCUCAGGGUAAGGAGAGAAGAAGAAUCUCAUUCAAGGCCAUUAUUAAGAGAAAAUAUAUCAUUUCCUCUUUUAGAAAUGAAAUCAAAAUUCCUCCAUCAUACAUUUGGAACGAAGUUAUGUGCGAAUUUCGUAUAAAAAUGGUUUGAUGUACACCCCCCCUCCCCUCCACCACCUCAUAACGACGAACUAGCAAGCCGAAAUUGCCAAAGACUUCGGGAGGGAGAAAAAAAGACCCCAAAAAAUCGAAGUUUCCCCUCAAUCGGAUCCCAUUUUCUGAGCAAUCAAUCACCGGACUCAAUCACCGGAAACAAAGGAGAAGGAAGCAUCGCCCAGCCAAUCACACGCGGCGGAAGCGGUGGGCGCGCGGAAGUCUCGGCGACAAGUUCCGAUCCGUGAAAUUUCGUCUUCGUUCUUAUCUUCUUUCUUUGAUUUGUCUCCUUUUUCUCUUUUUCUUUUCUUUUUAUUUUGUCCUCUGGGUUAAAUCUUCGCACAGUUACGGAGGAUUUUGAUAUUUCUUUCUGAUCUGUAGGUGUUCGUUUUACCAAACCUAAUUUACCUGUCCUCUUUCAUCAACUCAUCGGAGACGAAGUACACGGAUUCGAACGCGUUGUGGCACCGGGGAUAGAGGGAGUUCCACCAACCAAAUUAGACGUCAAAACGAGGUCAAAGCAAGGUCACGCGCGGAAGGAACGACAGGAGGGGAGGGCAGAGGGGGGGAGGAGGUCAUUGGAAGAGGAAAGGUCAUUCGUUUAAAAGUGUCGGGAC